CGCUAAAAACGCUCCAUUUAUCCAUUCCACUUGAGUUUGUGUCGACGCUCACAUGCAAGUGGAACGAGAAAAACCACGGUCGUGUGAGUUGAUAGACUGUGUACGGUACAUAAGUGGAACGCGUCUAUUAUGACAUCAGCUGUUUUAUGUCAAUGUCAACUGUAUACAUCAUACAUGAUUGAAAUUUGUACUAACCAUUUUCAGGGAUUUUCGAAACAAAACUUCAAAACACGAAAAACUAAGUAAAAAAGGCACAAAAUGAAAUGAAAAUAAUUAUAUAGCUGUUACCUAAAAGCAAUUUGCCAUGUUGUAUGUUCAUUAUGUGCAAUAUUCUUUGUGUUAACGAACUAUCGAACUAUUUAGUAAGUCACUCUACUUUCACUUUUCGCUUUUUGACCAAUAGCUUUAACUUGUAGCUGUAACGUGGUAUUUUUUGAGCCAAUCGACUUAUGAUUUACUCCUAGUUAUACGUUACCACUUACCGGUUAUGAUAGUACUUUGUCUACAGCUAUAAUAUUAAUGUGUAUGUUGUCAAUCGAGUGCUGCCACGAUUCACACGCACAGAACUUAUCAGUCGAAAGAAAAGCUUCAAAGGAGUGCUUCUACUUUACCUUAAUUAUGAAAAAUCUUCUUUAAGCAAAAGUGUACUAAACUGAAAACUGAUUUUGAUACAUCACAUAUUAUACCCCAUUUUUACAAUGGGUAUGGAUACAUCAUACAUUGAGGAUGGCAACUCUGAAUACCUGUACAGUCCAGGGAUACUACAGAAAUUAAAUUUUGAUAAGAGUCCUGCUAUCUUCAAGCCCAAAAUAUCAGCAGCCAACCCUGGGGAAAGCUGGAUGGUGGUCCGUCCUCUGCAAAGGUCAGACUUUGACAAAGGGUUCCUACAAUUAUUGGGUCAAUUGACAAGCACUGGCAACAUAAGUCGGAAGCAGUUUGAUGAGAGGUUUACCCAGAUGAAAAAUUCGGGAGGUUACUAUGUAACAGUGAUAGAAGACAAGCGUAAUUCUAAAAUAAUUGGCGCGGCGACACUCACAGUAGAACAGAAGUUCAUCCACAACUGCUCUCUGCGCGGUCGGUUAGAAGAUGUGGUGGUGAAUGAUACUUAUCGCGGAAAGCAGCUAGGAAAGUUGAUUGUAGUCACGGUUUCAUUGUUAGCCCAGGAGCUCGGUUGCUACAAGAUGUCUCUAGACUGCAAGGAUAAAUUGAUCAAGUUCUAUGAAACCUUGGGUUACAAAAUGGAACCUGGAAACUCUAAUGCCAUGAACAUGCGAUUCGAGGAGCCGUCCUGACAAUUAGCCGCUGGGACAUCCGACCUGCGCUCUAAAUUGUAAGUGAUCAUACACAGCCAAGCCGUUUCCACAGCAUUUUCCUACUUUACUAGAAACUUGACGCUGCUUUUCUUGUUGUCUUUACCAUUUUUCCUAUUUUAAAUUGAAAGUGGUCAAUCGUGAAAAAGUAGUCAUUUGUUUAUGUAUCGAUUAAAAUCUUGAAGUCCUUAUUAGUAAACGAAGAAUAGAACUAGUUUUUAUUAUUCGUAGGAACAGACUAUAUAAUGCAUGUGAUAUUCUUCGUUUAUUAAUAAGGCCGAGAAAGACUAAAAUCUAAAAUGCGUUUAGACUGUGGUUUGAGCCCCUACUACUGGCAUGGUCAAUCGCUCAUUUAAACUUUUUGCUACUGUGAUUAAAAUUUAAUUAUUAUUGCUAUUUGAGAUAAUUUGUUGUGAAUUCUGCUUGGUUGGUCUAUGUUUUACCUACAAUUGCAGGGUCAAUUUUUCUAUCCAUCAAAAUUGUAAUGUGACAGGCUGUGUGGAACUCGUGACCUUAUACUUUUGAUGGGGUGAAUAAUUGAUAAUGGGUGUCUUAGCACAUAAUACUACUAGUACAGUAGCUAUAGAUCAUGUGAAAUUAGCUUUGCGUUUCUGAUUAUUUUUUGUUGCUAAUUUUUAGUUCGCGUUUACGCUUUGUUUUAAUGUACAAAUUGUAAAAACAUGUACUUAAUAUUGUGUUAAUUUUUACUAACAUUUUUAUUAAACAUUGCUUAAUCA